AUCUAUUCAUUUCUUUUUCUGUUCUGUCUCAACACUUGGAGGAUCUUUUUCGGCUACUGAGUUCCUGUUGUUGCACUGAUGGAAAUUAACUGAAUUGAAAAAUAUGAGGUUAUCUUACAAAACAGGAACAGAAAACAUUUGGAAUAUUUGUAUCAAUGACCGAGUCUUAACAAUAAUCUUAUGACUGUGGAUUUGAAAACAGAAAGGGAUUCAGACAGAAGAAUUAUGGUUCUUAAUAUCUCCAGCAAUGAAGAGGAGAUUGACCUCUGAUGGAUGAAAUUUCUGGAAUGGAGAACAAACUUUUUGAAGAGGAUCAAGUGUCACCUGAUUCUAGACCUACCAGGUGUCAGGAGACUUCAGAGACAAUGAAUGAAGAAUAUGAAACAAAGGCAGAAGAAUGGGAAUGCCAAUUUGAAGUUCAGCACAUUCUGCGGGAGCCUGAAUCCAGUUCUCUGUCAUACCUAAUAAACUGCAAUGAGACAUCUGUGGAGCCUGGCAUGGUUAAAAGCAGUGUCACUGCUGCUGAUGAACCUGAUAUAAAGCAUUUUUGUGAAGAAUUACUAUAUUCUUCAACACACAAAUCUAAGUACAAUCCUGUGCACUUGCCCUUACAUACCGCCUGUCCCUCCCCAUUCCUUCCAAGAGGAAGUUCAGAUGAGAUACCAGAAAGGGUUCACAAGAUCAGAGUGAGGAAACACAAACCAAGUGCUAUCUCUUUUUCUGACUUUGAAUUUUUAUCACUUGGAACUAAUGCUAAAUUCCAUAUUUGUGAAGUAACAGAAACAUCUGAAGAGGACGAGGAGAGGGGUGGUGAUGAUGACGUAUUUACAGAGCUGCCCCAACCUGGGGUAUUUCUUAAUGGUCUUCAUAAAAGGGCUGUUUCCCAAGGAAAAGGAGAAGAACAAGAACACUGCACAAGUCAGCAUAUCCAUCACGUAGAGAAUUCCUGUGAGCAUUCUGAAGGGAACCUGGAUAGCUACAAAAGGGAAGAAAAGCAAAUAGCCUUGGUGACCCAGCCAGAAACAGGAUCUGAGUGGUCAGACUCUAUGUCAUAUCUGAUGAAGAAGCUGGAACAAUUGAAUUUAGAUAUUGAAGAGGCUCUCAGUGCUGGCUCUUCUCCUACCAAUACUCCUUGUACCAAAAGGCGCAAAGAGACGUGUGCUAUUAAAGUGGAGACAGACCAUCACAGAGAUCAUCAGAGAAAGGGAAUCUGUACAAGGAAGAGGGCAGGCUACCAAGAGCUAGAUGGUUUGCCAUGUCCAGUGUCAUCUGGAGCACGACCAAAAACUGAUGUGCUUUUUCAGAAACUGAGCAGAGAGAAAGCAGAAAUUGAAGCAAAGGAAACGUGUGACUGGUUACGAGCUGCUGGAUUUCCACAAUAUGCUCAUCUCUAUGAAGAUUCCCAGUUUCCUAUUGACAUUGCAGCUGUAAAGACAGACCAUGAUUUUCUUGAUAAGGACCUUGUAGAACCUCUUUGCAGACGACUGAACACAUUGAACAAGUGUGCCUCAAUGAAACUCGAUGUGAACUUCCAAAGGAAAAAGAGUGAAGAUUCAGAUGAGGAAGACCUCUGUGCUAUCAGUAAUAAAUGGACUUUCCAAAGAACCAGCAGAAGAUGGUCUCGGGUGGAUGAUAUUGACACCUUGCUUCACCGGUCAGGUAGACAUGGAUCUUCAGGGGACAUUAAAAUGAAAAACACCACAAGCAGUGAAAGUGUGCUAACAGACCUGAGUGAGCCUGACGUCUCAUCUAUUCACAGCGAGAGCAGUGGGGGAAGUGACAACAGGAGUCCAUCUGGCAUCAGCAGCACUAUCAGGGAGGUACAUGACAGCUCAGGAGAGCAGGAGGUAGAAAGCACACAUAUGCAUGACUCCUCUUCAGUCAUUAGUACCCAGGAUCCAAAAGACAUCAUAAAAUACUCCUUGAACAUUAAGAAUGAAAAACCAACACGAACCAGAGCCAAAACCUUUCUAAAGCGUAUGGAGACAUUAAAAGCUAAAGGAACACAUGGAAAAUUAAGAGGCUCAGGAAAAACUGUUGUUUUAGAUAUAAGUGGACCUGUUCUUCAGUAUGAGCCAAAAUCCUUGAAGGACUUGCACUGUGUAGAGAUAGUAAAUGGAGAUCUCCAAAAUUUAGCACAGGAGACAGUCAAAAAAGGACUUUCCUUCUCUGGCAAAUCCAGCAAUGACAGUAGUCAGUCAGAAAACAGCAGUAGUGGAGUAAGUACACCAUGUUUAAAGGAACGCAAAUGUCAGGAAACAAACAAGAGAAGUGGUAUGUAUCUGGAGGACUUGGAUGUCCUUUCAGGAGCAACCCUGAAACAAGUAGUAGACCAAAAUCAUAAAAAUGAAUUUCACUCCCAAGAGGAUUUGGUUGUACAUAUUCCCAAAGACCAUAAACCUGGAACUUUUCCAAAGGCACUUUCUAUUGAAAGUCUCUCACCUACAGACAAUGGUAACAAUGUUAACUGGAGAACAGGCAGCAUCUCUCUGGGCAAACAGAAGUGCUCUACUCCUAGAGAGGUCGGAUUGAUAACUUGCUGUCCUAAGGAGAGCAGAGUUAGUAUUUAUGACAAUGUGCCAGGUUCCCAUUUGUAUGCCAGCACUGGAGACCUUUUGGACUUGGAAAAAGAUGAGCUUUUCCCUCAUUUAGAUGACAUUUUGCAGCAUGUCAAUGGACUUCAAGAGGUUGUUGACCAUUGGUCAAAAAAUGUACUGCCAGAUAUGUCAAAUAAUGAUUUGUCUGUUGGGGAAUCUACAUCAUUACCAUUCCAGUCAACCACCCAGAUCACACUGGACUUUGAAGGAAACUCUGUUUCUGAUGGUCGGACUACACCAAGUGACAUGGAUAGAGAUGGAACUUCCCUCAAUGAGUCAGAAGCUACUGGUGUCAGGGAUAGGAGAGACUCUGGUGUGGGAGCAUCUCUCACCCGGCCAAGCAGGCGAUUACGAUGGAAUAGUUUCCAAAUUUCUCAUAGUAUGAGCCACUCCAUAGCAUCUCUACAGAUCAGCAAUCAGUCAGCAGUCCAACUGAAUCUACUGCAAAAAUUCUCACUGCUUUGCCUCACUGCCAUCAUGGAAAAAUACUCCAUGUCAAACAAACAUGGCUGGACCUGGUCUGUGCCAAAGUUCAUGAAGAGGAUGAAAGUUCCUGACUACAAGGACAAGAAUGUCUUUGGCGUGCCUUUGAUAGUCCAUGUCCAGAGGACAGGGCAGCCACUUCCUCAAAGCAUACAGCAAGCCUUGCGCUACUUACGCAGCAAUUGUCUAGAUCAGGUGGGCCUGUUUCGAAAAUCAGGCGUGAAAUCCCGAAUACAGGCCCUGCGUCAGAUGAACGAGAGCUCUCCCGAGAAUGUCAGGUAUGAAGACCAGUCAGCCUAUGAUGUGGCAGAUAUGGUAAAGCAGUUCUUCAGAGACUUGCCAGAACCUCUUCUCACCAGUAAACUAGGAGAAACCUUCUUACACAUCUAUCAAUAUGUUCCCCAAGAGCAGCGGGUUCAUGCAGUGCAGGCAGCCAUCAUGCUGAUGUCAGAUGAAAACAGGGAGGCUUUGCAGACUCUGCUCUGUUUCCUAAGUGAUGUCACCUCAGUAGAAGAGAAUCAGAUGACUCCUAUGAACCUAGCUGUGUGUCUGGCCCCUUCUCUUUUCCACCUUAACAUAGUCAAGAAAGAAAGCUCACCAAGAGUAAUACAGAAAAAAUAUGCGACAGGGAAGCCAGAUCAGAAGGAUCUCAGUGAAAACUUGGCAGCUACUCAGGGACUUGCACAUAUGAUAAUGGAAUGCAACAAACUUUUUGAGGUCCCACAUGACAUGGUAGCCCAAUCUCGGAACUCCUACGUGGAGGCUGAAAUUCAUUCUCCAACACUGGAGGAGCUAGGAAAACAAAUAGAUGAAGAAGGAGGAACUUACCAAAUGUACAUUGAAAGUCUGCUGCAGAACCUUCAGAAAGAAGCGAAAGAAAAAUUCAAAGGCUGGAUCACCUGUCCCAGUAUAGAGAGCACAGAGCUUACCUACAAAAAGGUGGGGGAUGGGAACCCACUACGGCUUUGGAAAGUAUCAGUUGAAGUGGAAGCACCCCCGUCAGUCGUACUAAAUCAGGUGCUAAGAGAACGUCAUCUUUGGGAUGAGGACUUCUUGCAAUGGAAGAUCAUAGAGACUCUGGACAAGCAGACAGAAAUAUACCAAUAUGUUUUGAACAGCAUGGCUCCCCAUCCCGUCAGAGAUUUUGUAGUUUUAAGGACAUGGAGGACAGAUUUGCCAAAAGGGAUGUGUAUGCUAGUGGCUGUUUCGGUGGAACAUGAAGAGGCUCCUUUGAUGGGGAGUGUACGGGCAAUUGUGAUGGACUCUCAAUAUUUAAUAGAGCCUUGUGGCUCAGGAAAAUCCAGGUUGACACACAUCUGUAGAAUUGAUCUCAAGGGCCAUUCCCCAGAGUGGUACAAUAAAGUUUUUGGACAUCUGUGUGCAGCAGAAGUUGCCAGGAUCAGAAACUCAUUCCAACCCCUGAUUGCUGAGGGACCAGAAACCAAAAUCUGAGUAACAGUUCCAGGAAGGUUGUAAGCAUAAGUCAGGAUACAGUAGAGAACAGAAGGACCUGAGGCAAAGAACUCAUUUGAUUAAGGCUGCAGUUACUGGCUGGAGAAGGGUGACCUGAAGUCUGUGCAGUGGUGAAACAGGAAUUUUACAGGAAGACACUUUCAUUCUGGAGGUGUUGCUCACCUACUACCUUCAUUUCCAUUACUGAAGUAAA